AAAUGUAAACAGCUGUCUGMGUUCAUGCAAGCACAUGUGCGGMUGCACCGGUAUUACGAAUAAAACCAACGAUGGGAUUCGAAGUGGAUUUGCCUGGCAACGAUAUAGAUGAUAUAGAGGAUUUGAUAUCGGCCGAAGAUAUAAAACCACGUGAACGCUAUGAAAACAAAAAGACCGUUACAGUGCGCGCCAAGAAACGAGCACAAAUCAAACCCACAUUGUGCGAUGGCGAAGCAGAGGCGACGCCACAGCCAGAGAAAACUAUUUACGAAAGUGUUAUUCCCGGCACCCAAAAAGUGUAUGUGAAGACCUGGGGCUGUGCRCACAACAACUCWGACUCGGAGUAUAUGGCCGGGCAGCUGGCGGCGUAUGGCUAUAAUUUGAGCAGCAAAGACGAGGCAGAUCUGUGGCUACUAAACAGUUGCACCGUCAAGAAUCCCUCCGAGGACACGUUUCGCAAUGAAAUCGAGUCGGGUAUGCGCAAUGGGAAGCAUGUCGUCGUUGCUGGAUGCGUACCACAAGGCGCCCCAAAGUCCGAUUACUUACGCGGACUAUCCAUAAUUGGCGUUCAGCAAAUCGACCGGGUUGUCGAGGUGGUCGAAGAAACACUUAAGGGACACAGUGUUCGCCUUCUACAGAACAAGAAGGUUCAGGGUCGUCGAGUGGCCGGCGCACCGUUGUCGUUGCCGAAAGUUCGAAAGAAUCCACUAAUCGAAAUCAUAUCCAUCAAUAGCGGGUGCCUCAAUCAGUGCACCUAUUGCAAAACAAAGCACGCACGUGGCGAUUUGGCUAGCUAUCCGCCGGCUGAAAUAGUCGAACGUGCGCGCCAAUCCUUUGGCGAGGGCUGUUGUGAAAUCUGGCUGACUUCUGAGGACACUGGUGCCUACGGCCGUGAUAUUGGCAGCUCGUUACCGGAGCUGCUCUGGCAGCUUGUCGAGGUUAUACCUGAGCACUGUAUGCUACGCGUUGGUAUGACGAAUCCGCCCUACAUUCUGGAACACCUCGAGGAGGUGGCCAAGGUGUUACAGCAUCCACGAGUUUACGCUUUCCUUCACGUACCGGUGCAAAGCGGCAGUGAUUCUGUGCUGGGCGAGAUGAAGCGAGAGUAUUGCCGCAAAGACUUUGAGCACGUGGUGGAUUUCCUGCGAUCUCGUGUGCCAGGUCUAACGAUUGCCACUGACAUUAUAUGUGGCUUUCCCACAGAGACGGAGGAGGACUUUGAGGAGACAAUGUCAUUGUGCAAAAAAUAUCAAUUUCCCAGUCUGUUUAUCAAUCAGUUCUUUCCGCGACCGGGCACGCCG